UAUCUGGCAUCAUACUUUUAGAAAUGUGAUUGAGUAGCCUAUAUGUAACACUGAUCAUGAGUGUUUGCUAUUUAUCAUAGACACGAAUUUCACAGGUAAACACCAUGGCUUUACAUGUUUCAAUGCAAUUUAUUGCCACUUGUUGGAUUGCAGUAGGUACCGCCGUACCAUUGGCAGGAAGUGCCAUUUCUUCGACUGUUGCUAAUGAAGAGGUUCUCCCACUUGCCGAUGAUGGGCUGAUGAUAGGUGCGUUUAACAUCCAGGUGUUUGGGAAAACUAAACUAGCUAAACCUGGCAUUGUGGACAUUCUUGUGAAGAUCGUCCAACGAUAUGACAUCUUAUUGAUCCAAGAAAUAAGAGAUUCAAAAAAUGAGGCCAUCUACGAGCUCUUGGAGAAAGUAAACAAUGCAACAGUGAGAGAGAAGGGGGGCAAUGCUGCUAAUGUUGAGGCAGAAGAUGAUGUUAAAGGUGUUUAUGAUGUGAUUGUCAGUCAAAGACUUGGGCGAACUAGUUCGAAGGAACAGUAUGCAUAUAUGUUCAGGAAAGACAAGGUUAACGUCUCCGAUGUUUACCAAUUUGACUUCCCCUGCAUUAAUGCUACAAUGCUUAAUACAAAACUGUCUCCUAAAGUGGCGAAAGAAGAACAAACAGAAUGUACAGAUUUAUUCGAAAGACCACCAUUUGCCGUCAAAUUUAGCGCACCAGGAGCAGGUAUACCUGUAUUUGGUAUGAUUGGCAUCCAUACAUCCCCUUACAAAGCAAAAGGGGAGGUGGAUGCACUAGUUCAGACAUAUGAUGAAAUCAGCGCAGCUUGGGACUUGAAGGAUAUAAUAGUAGCAGGAGACUUCAAUAUGGGAUGUAGAUAUGUGAGGUCAUACCAAGAUGGAAACAUCUCCCUCUACACAGAUGACAGGUUUACAUGGCUAAUUGACAGGUGUGCAAUCACAACAGCAUUUGGGGCGGAUUGCCCGUAUGAUAGGUUUGUUGUUGCUGGUGACAAGUUGAAGCAGCGUGUAAAUGAGAAGAGGAUAGGUGUCUACAGAUAUGAUAAAGAAAUGGGUCUGGAUCCUGUAAUGACUCGAAAAGUCAGUGAUCAUUUUCCAGUUGAAAUGGCAAUUGAAGGAAGACGCAAUUACAAGAAUUCGAGAGUGACUUCAUCAUUUGCAUACAGCCUUGAGUUCACCCCUAUUGAUGUAAGCAAUCUGGACAAGGUGAAAUACAUGGCAUCUGCAGUACGUCGGAGUAGGGCAUAUUAUGACAUCAGUAUCCUUGGGGAUGGAGAAAACGAUGUGAUGUUCACAGCAACAAAGCAAAAAUAUAGAGGCUCUGUCUACAGGACAGUGAAACUGUUCUCAUCUAAAUUUCCCGGCAUUUUGAGCAAUGAAGUUCUGGCAACACUGAAGUCCGUUUUGGACAGUAAUGUGUUAAAUGAAGAGCGCUAUAUAUAUGGUUCAUCUGAGAAACCAGCAAAAGAUCAUAACAUUGAUAUUUCUUGCCAAUUCAUCUCACCAUUUAAAUGUACAAUUCAAGUGGCAAAGCGUUUAGUCUAGCUGGUUAAACAAAUUCAUAGAACACAUAUUAUACCUCCUAACCACAACCAUGUGCGAUUUUAUCAAACCAUCUAGAAGAUGGACGAACAUGAAUAGACAAUGAAUACUGCAGGACGACAUCUAUUUCACACAAUGGAAAUUAAUGCAAAAAGUUUUUUGUUGAUCUAGACUUGGAUGCAAAGAUUUAUUUCUUCACAAUUUCAAGUUAGUUACAAAUUGUACAAUGUACAAAUGAAUGGCACAACUAAGUAUCUAUUAUUACUUUCUGUCAUAUCCACAUGAUCAUUUUAUUUUAAUUCUUAUGUAGUUUACACAAUAUCUUUUGAUAAUGCAUGGAUUCUUCCCUAAACGUACACUUAUUUCCAUCAAAUACACAUGAACAUGAUACUUUUUAAAAAUAACAAUUUUCGUUUGUCAGAUUUUUCUUAAACAAUACCCUGUCUCUACACUCCGAUCUUAUAUAAGAUGACACAGAUAUCAGAAGAGAAAAAUCCACUUUUUUCAGAAAAGGUCCAAGUCCAUGUUCCUGUUUUCAAUUUGUUUCGUAACU